CUCAUACAUUUUCACUUUAGUAGUUGUUGCCAACAUCUAAGUGAUCACUUUACUCUCUCUAUUUCUUCACCCCUUUCUUUAUCUUUAACCUCGAUUCUUCGCUUCUAGCAAUUCCAAUCAAAUUUGUUCAGUAAAAGGGACUAAUUAACACUCACCAAUAUGACCAAGUUGUGGACCUUGAUUACCCAGCUUCAUUCCCUUGCUGGGCCGGUUUUGACGUUAUUGUACCCUUUGUAUGCAUCGGUGGUAGCAAUAGAGAGCCCAUCCAAGGAGGAUGAUGAGCAGUGGCUAUCUUAUUGGAUCAUCUAUUCAUUCCUCACCCUUGGAGAAAUGGUUCUUCAACCUGCUCUAGAGUGGAUACCGAUUUGGUAUGAGGUGAAGCUGUUGUUGGCGGCGUGGUUGGUGUUGCCUCAAUUCAAAGGGGCUGCUUACUUGUAUGGGAAGUUAGUGAGAGAGAACAUACGGAGGUACGCGACGGAGAAGGAGAAAAAGGAGCACAAACAGAAACAGGUUUCCCCAAAAAAGCAACAGGACAAGAAGUCUCCCACUGGAAGCAAGGGGAAGAAGUUUGUUGACUUUAUCAUACCUAAGAAAGGGGAUCAAGAGGCUUAUUGAGUUUGGAGUGGAUAUGGGGUUUGACUGAGUGAUGUUUGGAUCAUCAGCUUCAUUUUCAAGUUAGCUGGUUAAUUUGCUCAUCAGGUUUUAAUUGUGUAUGUAGUAAAGUAAUGCUUCAUGUGCCUUGUCUACUUUUGUAUAGGUUGGUGGAUUUCUAGGUGAGCCACCAUACAUAUGGGCUGUAAUAUCAAAUAUAGCUAAUUAACACGAAAGUAAUACCAAUUCCGCAACUUACAUAA